AUGUCUUACCGCAAGCCUCCUGCUCCACUUGAUCUCCAGCCUCAUCCAUCAAGACGUACCACCGGAGACCAGCCACAGCCUCAGGUCCAGACCCCGCCGCCGUGGCUACAGUCCUUCGACGACCCGAUGGAUAUCGAUUCUGAGCCUAGUGCGCCUAGUGUUCCCAGGCGAAAUAUACCCACGUGCCCUGCAGCAAUGGCAGCUUCACAAAAACCAACCGAUGGAACACCAUUUACAGUCACUACAGACGGAAAGAAGGUCUACCGACACACCUUCGAAAUAGACAUCUCCAGCCGCGCGAGUGGAGUAACCGAUCUCGAGAUUAUCGAGCAUGCCCGCACUCAGAUGGGAUUUCUCGAGCGUGCGGGACUGCGCGACGAUGCUAUGCGCCGUAUCAGAGACUGCCGUACUCGUUUACGCGUGGUCAUCGAUACCAAGAGUCCCAGCCGACUUGAUGCCCUCGUCUAUGCCCGCCUUCGUAUGUUGACCAUGCAAGACAUGAUCAACGAGGGCAUGGGCUGGUUCCCUGGGCUUCCGUGGCGCCACCAUCACUUCCGAGUUGAAACCUUCUGUCCGCGUACUUGA